UGAUAUAACCAUACAAUAUUAUGUGGUUAUAGAUAGGACCUACUCUAAAGUGAAAUUGAAAGAAUGUGUUCUAAAGAAAAGUUAAAAGAUUUUCUCAGUGAAAUAUCAGAAAACGCCGAAUUUCCUGUUUUUAAUUACGUAUCGGGGGAAAAGUACAGCAUUUUGGUAAAAUGUCACGUGGACACCGACCGGGACGCUCAGUUCUACAGCGAGUACGCUUCAGAAUGGAUAAAAAAGUUUACAAAGUUCACAAAAACUGGUUGGAUAGUCCGAGCGUGUUUCCCGCGGCUGAAGAGACUUUUGUACAGAAAAGUGUUCACGUGCCAUCACUCUAGUUUCAACAAGAGAAAAAUAUGUGAACAGGGGAGUUCCAAGGACAAACAAUGUAAGGCGAAGAUCGACUUUAAAGUAAAGUUUAUAAAUCGUAACACGAUAAGGAACGACAAGAUGUUGAGGGCCGGAUUGAAUUUGACCAUUCACAUCAACUUUGUCCACACGCAUAGCGUCAGAGCACGGGAAUCCUACAACUUCUUGAAAUGUUCGGCAGACACCGACAAGUUGUUCUUGCAAUAUUUUACAACAGGUCACACCGUAGCUACUGCGAAAAGCUACCACGAACUGGUGCUGCUAUCAAAUCAUGGGACCGGCAAUAUCUCAGAUACUGAAAUAAACCCUUCGCUGCGUCACGUGUCAUACUUGCACCAGAAAAGGAAAGCGCAGGGACUAGAAUGUAACAUCGCCGACACAAUGGCUGAGAAGAUGAAGGCCUUGGAAGAAUGUGGGGGAGCAAUGAGAUACACAGAUGACUACAGCAUCACAGUUGUCAUUACACCGUUUAUGAAAAACGUCAUAUCGGGACAUGAACUUGACAGUAUUGUCAUAGACAGCACACAUACUAGGGAAUGUGUGGUUUCAUUUUUCUUUGCACCUACUCCUUUGGGCGCGUUACCCAUCGCCUGCGCAUUACACUCACAAAUGACGGAGCCCAGUUUCAGUCAAGCCUUCUUUUCUACUAAACUGCUAUUAGAAAACCAAACAUUGAAAAGUUUUGAACCAAGGAAGAUCAUGAUUAAUCAGAUAGAUGAACAAAAUCAUGCCUUGGGCGCCAUUUUUUCGAAUACUACUAUAAUCGUGUCGCGAGCGUCAUUAGUCGCAGAUAUAUGGAAGAGUCUUUGUGACGGAGAAGUAAAGAUUGACGUGAAACAAAGACAAAAAGUUAUGGAGCUAUUCAAUUCGUUGCUACACGCAGCGAAUUCAGAAGAUGCUGAAUUAUUUUACAAAGAUCUUGAGAAUAAUAAGAUAGUACAAUCUAUAACAAAAGUGAAACAAUAUUUGUCCGAUAUAUGGUCAAAGAGAGAAGACUACAUAACGCCAAACAAGGUAAUAGACAUAUCAUUACGAACGUUGAAACAGUUUAUAGUUCACAGAUGCAAAUCCUACCCGAUCUUAGCCAUGAUAGAUGUGUUGACAAACAUUUUGGACAAACAUUGGUGCCAAAUCAUACACGCCCAUUUGUCGAACAAAUUAAUCAUGGAAAUGUACACGAAAUAUUUGCCAAAGGAUAAGAUUUUGAUGAAAAAGUUGGAAGGAGAUACAAAAUUAAAGCGAAAAAUGGGAGCUAUAGCGUUUGGGGCGCAGACGUUAUGUUGUGAUUGUAUUAAAGGUAAGAAAGGAAUGUUAUGUGAGCAUCUAUGUGCUAUAUUACACACAGUAGAAAUAGAUACACAAGUUUCUGAUGAGAAAAGAGCAUUUUACACUACUUUAGCUGGGGACCAAGAGGUGAAGAUAGAACAAGUAGCAGAACCUGAAGAUUACGAGGAACAAUAUGAUCAAAAUGAGUAUGAACAGACUGCAUCAGACAAUGAACAAAGCUUCCUAAUAAAACAAGAAAUAGAACACAUAGAUCCUUUGGACACAAUUACUGAGGACGAAAGCACGAGACAUAGUUCUAUAGAAAUCGACAUAAAUGGUAUAAAAAAGUGUAUUACGAAAAUGCCAUCAAGGCACUAAAUGAUGAAUUCAGAAGACUAAACAAGUUAUUUAGGGAGAAUCCUAACGCAUCUAAUUUGGAGACGAUGGGUCGUUUAGCUAGGGAACUGAGUAAGAUAAGGCCGGUAGAGAAAAUUAAUAUGUCCAAUAUGCGUU